AUGGGUCAACAUCCUCGUGGGGUACCUUUCCCACAAGAUCCUCCUAUUGUACCUGGUGUUGGAGUUCAGUUGGAGGGUGUUUCUCCUCAGGAACCACCUAUUGAGACACAAGGGAGUGCAUUACCUGCAAUACCAUCACAGGACCAACCAGAAGGUACUCCACCUGGGGUUACUCCACGGUUCCCUCCUCAUGGCACUCCUCCAUAUAGGGUGCCACCCCCGUACCAGUAUUACCUAGCUUAUCCUCCAUAUUAUCCACUAGCAGCCACUACUACAAGGCUGGUGGAAUCAUUUAAGUGGCACUUGCCACCUAUCUUCACUAAGGUGGGAAGUGAUCCAUUAGAAUCGGAUCGGUGGAUCCAAGAAAUGAAAAAGAUAUUUGAGGUGGUAGAAUAUACUGAACCUCAAAAUCUCAUCUGUGCUGGGUUACAGUUAAGAAAUGAAGCAGAUUCUUAG